UCCCUUAGUUGGUUUGUGUUUAACUUCUAAUAUUUCUAACCUUGAUACGUUAAUAUUCUUUCUGCGAUAGAUCUGACUAAACCCUUUUGUAUCAAAUAUGACAGCCAAGGUGAACUCAUUAGAUCAAUCGUCGCUGAAGUUUUGAUCAAACUGAAUAAAAGAGAAAAAAUUCUGCCUGAUCAUUUAGUUGGAAUUCACGAUCGUGUUGAAGAUGUCAUGCACCUAUUAGAUGAAGGUUCUCCUGAUGUACGCUAUCUAGUAAUCCAUGGCAUGGGGGGCAUCGGUAAGACAACUCUUGCCAAAGUUGUCUUUAACCAAAUUUCUGUCGAUUUGAUGGGUACAGCUUCCUUUCGGGUGUUCGAGAGGCUAUAAAGGAUGGCAAAAUUGUCCAAUUACAAAAGCAAUUAUUGUCAGAAAUUCUCAACUCCAAACCAGUGGAGAUUUUUGACUCUGAUGCAGGGAUUAACUACAUUAAAUGGAGAUUUUGCCACAAGAAAGUCCUUAUUGUUCUUGAUGAUAUAGAUGAGUGGGCCCAACUCUCUAUGCUUGCAGCAAAGGGUGAUUGGUUUGGUUCGGGGAGUAGAAUCAUUAUUACAACAAGGGACAUCAACAAUCUAGCGAUCGAAGAGUACAAACUUUAUCAAAUGACAGAGUUGCAUUAUCACCACGCCCUUCAACUUUUUAGCAAGCACGCUUUCAAAAUGGAUUACCCUCCACAUGACUAUGAUGAUAUUUCUUGUAAUAUUACUCACAUGACUGGUGGGCUUCCUUUGGCUCUCGAAGUUAUUGGUUGUUCUCUUUAUCGCAAAAGCAAACCAAUAUGGAAAGAAGCGUUGAAGAAAUUACAGUCAGCUCCCCAUCAACAUAUCUUUGAGAUAUUAAAGAUUAGUGUUGAAAUGCUAAGUGAAGAACAGAGAGAAAUUUUUCUUGAUAUUGCUUGUUUUUAUGUUGGUGAAGAAAGAAUCUAUCCAUAUUAUAUGUGGAAAGCUUUGGACUUUUACCCAAAAAUUGAGAUCAAUUUCCUUAUUGGUAUGUCUUUGAUAAAGAUCGAUGUUGAUGAUAGACUGUUGAUGCACAACUUGCUUAGAGACCUUGGAAGAGAAAUUGUUCGACGAGAAGACCUCAAAGUUCCUGGGAAAUGUAGUAGACUUUGGCAACCCAAGAUUGCGUUGGAAGUAAUGAAGACUAGAAUGGGAACGGAGAACAUCAUAGCUCUCAAACUAACUGGACUUUCCAAAGAUCACAACUUUACAAGUGAAGGCUUUUCAAGGAUGCCUAACUUAAGGUUGUUGGAAUUAGAAGGGGGAAACUUGGUGGGAGACUUUAAGAAUCUUUUCUCGAAUUUAAAAUGGCUCUCUUGGCAUCGUUGCCCUUCACACUUGCGGGUGAUCAAUCUAUGUUUACGAAACUUAGUUGUGCUCAAGCUUUCAAACAGCAAAAUUCUUGAAAACUGGAAUGGAUGGGGCCCAUGCUUGGAAAAUAGUGACUUACAAGUUAUACAUCUCAUGAGAUGCUAUCUCUCGACAACUCCUGACUUCUCAAGAUGCCUAAAGUUGAGGAUAUUGGUUUUUGCUGAACAUUGUCCAGAGUCGCCACAAAUCGGUACCUCUAUUGGUAAGCUAGAGCGCCUAAAGCGCUUGGAAAUAAUUGCAGUCGGAAUGCAACAGUCAAAGUUGUCUAGAAGCCCCCAUUUUGACUUGUGCGUAGUGCCUCUUACAAUUUUCCGUCUAAAGAACUUGUCAACUCUAAAGCUAGAAGGACUGUCCAUGCGGGAGCUUCAUCCAUCUAUUGGAGAGAUGGCGGGCUUGGCAUGCUUGUCAUUGGUGUGUUGCGAUCGGCUUAGAAAACUUCCAGAUUCUAUUGGGAAAUUGAGAUUGCUCCUCGAAUUGAAUUUGUUCGACACAAGAAUUAGAGAGUUACCUGAUUCUAUUGGUGAUCUCAAAAUGAUGGAGAAAAUGCACCUGGGAUGCACUAGAAUAAGGAGUCUACCAAACUCCAUUGGAGGACUAGAAUCAUUGAAGCGUUUAUUAAUGCCUUCAAGCAAGAUAAGAGUGUUACCCACUUCUAUUGGAGAUCUCAAAAGCUUGGAGGAAUUGAACCUAAUGCAAACUCAAAUAAGGGAGCUACCGGACGCCAUUGGAGGACUAGAGUCAUUAAGAUACUUAUGCUUGUCCUCUACAAAGAUUAUUGCGUUGCCUGCAUCUAUUGGAUAUCUUAAAAGAUUGAAUUCCUUAGAAAUGAGUCACAGCAAGAUAAGAGAGUUACCUGAUUCUAUUGGAGAUCUCAAAAGCUUGGAGAGGAUGAACUUGGAACAAACUCAGGUAACGGUGCUACCAAAAUCCAUUGGAGGACUGGAAUCUUUGUUUUACUUAGGCUUAUCGGAUUUAGAGAUUAUCGAAAUGCCUGAUUCUAUCGGAUGCCUUAAAAUGCUAAAUUAUUUAGACAUGAGCCGGAGUAAGAUAAGAGAGCUACCAAAGGCCAUUGGGAUGUUGGAGAAUCUUGAAAGGUUGGCGUACGGUGGUAGUAGAAAUAUGGACAUGAAAUGGCCUCCUAAGCUUUCAACACUAUGGAUAUCUUCUAGUGAUGAUCCUCAAUCUCUUACACUGCCUCCUCAGCUUUCAUAUUUUUCCAUAUGUUGUGAUGAUCCUCAAUCUCUCAUAUUGCCUCCUCAGCUUUCGUCAUUUUCAUUAAAUUGUGACCAUCCUCAAUCUCUCCCAAGGCUUCCUUUAGGUCUUCGUAGUUUGGAAUUAAAGCGUGUCAAGUCACCGAUACUACAAUCACUCUCUUCCAAAUUGAGAUAUUUGUCUGAGUUAUCACUCAAUGGAUGCGGUUUAAGAGAGAUCGUUAUUGAACAGCUAGAGAGCCUCCACUCUUUGAAUGUGCAGGGCUGUAAUUUGCUGUUGAUAUUGGGUCUAUCAAGCUUACGGAGGCUCGAACAGCUAAAAUCUUUGGGUGCCCUCAGCUAA